CUUCCGGACUCCCGAUCGAUCAGGAGCUCCGGGAAUUUCCCUGGCCCGGGGGCUCCGGGAUUUCCAGCCCCAAACAUGCAUAAAAGGGAUUCGCCGACCUCGGGGAGCCACAGAGCCCGGGCCGCAGGCACCUCCCCGCCAGCUCUCCCGCUCCUCGCACCGCCGCCCGACCCGCCUGCUGAGCCCCAUGGCCCGCACCGCGCUCUCCGCCGACCCCAGCAACCCCCGGCUCCUGCGGGCGGCGCUGCUGCUCCUGCUCCUGGUGGCCGCUGGCCGGCGCGCGGCAGGAGCGCCCCUGGCUAAUGAACUGCGCUGCCAGUGUCUGCAGACCCUGCAGGGAAUUCACCUCAAGAACAUCCAAAGUGUGGAAGUGAAGCGGCCGGGCCCCCACUGCGACCAAACCGAAGUCAUAGCCACACUCAAGAAUGGGCAGAAGGCUUGUCUGAACCCCGCAUCCCCCAUGGCUAAGAAAAUCAUUGAAAAGAUUCUUAACAGUGACAAAUCCAACUGACCAGAAGGAAGGAGGAAGCUCACUGAUGGCCGUUCCUGAAGGAGGCCCUGCCCUUAUAGGAACAGGAGGAGAAAGAGAGACACAGCUGCAGAGGCCACCUGGACUGCACCUGAUGUGUUUGAGCAUGGCUUAGGAGAAGCUUUCUAUUUAUUUAUUUAUUUGUUUGUUUGUUUUUGAAGAUUCUAUGUUAAUAUUUUACAUGUAAAAUAUUGAGCAUUAUUGAAUCUACUUGCAUAAUGUCCCAAUAUAUUUAUUGAUUAUUUUAUGUCAAAGCCAAGUUAUUUCUAUACCGAUUCCUAUUUAAUUUGAAGGUAGAGAAGGUUUGCAGAUAUUCUCUAGUCAUUAUGCUAAUAUUUUUGAGGAACCCACAACAUGUCAGCCACUGUGAUAGAGGCUGGGGGAAUCCAAGCAAAUGACCAGUGAGAUUAAUGUGAAGGCAGGGGAGUGUAUAUGUGUCUAUUUUUGUAACUGUAAAGAUGAAUGUCAAUUGUUAUUUAUUGAAAAGAUUUCACAGUGUGUGGUCAACAUUUCUCAUGUUGAAGCUUUAAGAACUAAAAUGUUCUGAAUAUCCCUUGGACAUUUUAUGUCUACCUUGUAAGGCAUACUGCCUUUUUAAAUGUUAAUUAUGCAUUGUAUGUUUUUUGAUAUUUAUUGAUGUUUUCACAAAAGACAUGAAAAUAAAAUAUUUAAAAAUGCAAAAUGUUUCUUUUAUUUUGAGGGGAAACAAGGACUAUCUUUGCUGAAAAUCUGAUGAUUUAUAUCAAUAUUUAUUUCU